GACGACUUCGAGAUGCUGUGUCUCGUCGGUGGGGGCGCGUUCGGGAAGGUGUUUCAGGUGAAGAAGCGCACGUGCGGGAGCGUGUACGCGAUGAAGGUCAUGAAGAAGGACGUCAUCAUCGAGAGGGACCAGUGCGAUUACAUGCGCGCCGAACGCGACAUCCUCACGGUGAUUCACCACCCGUACAUCGUCACGCUGCGGUAUUCGUUCCAAACGUCGCAGAAGUUGUACCUCAUACUGGACUUCAUCAACGGCGGUCACCUAUUCUUUUGGCUGUACCGGCAAGGUCUGUUCGACACGAACCUGACGAGGUUCUACGCGAGCGAGAUCGUGUGCGCGAUAUCGCACCUGCACUCGUUGAACAUCAUGCACCGCGACUUGAAGCCGGAGAAUAUUCUUCUCGACUCGGAAGGGCACGUCAAGCUGACGGACUUUGGGCUCGCGAAGCGCCAAGACCCUUCCUCGGAGAAGCGCGCGAACUCGCUCGUGGGCAGCAUAGAUUACAUGGCGCCCGAGAUAUUAGAAGCGAAAGGGCACGACAAAGCUGCGGACUGGUGGUCCGUCGGCGUUUUGAUUUACGAGAUGCUCACCGGCGAGCUUCCGUUUCGCGGGAAGAACAAGCCGGCGAUUAAAAAAGCGAUCUGCUCGUGCAAGCUCAAGAUGCCGUCGUUCCUUCCCGCGGACGCGAUGAACCUCAUCAAGACGUUCUUGACGCGGGAUCAGGGGAAGCGUUUAGGGUCCGGCCCGGACGGCGGCGACAACGUCCGGAGGCACAAGUUUUUCUCGAGCGUGAAUUGGAACAAAAUCGAAGUCCGAGGCGUCUCGCCGCCGUUUCGCCCCACCGUGGAGGGCGAGAUGUGCGUCGCAAACUUCGACGAGCAGUGGACGACAAAAGACGCUGUAGACUCGCUCGCGGGCACGCCAGGGAGCACGGACAAGGACGUGUUCCAAGGCUUCUCGUUCACGUCGCCGUCGAUCAUGCUCGAG